AGUUGAAAUUUGCGAAAAAAUAAAAACAUUAAAAUUUUGACUGUAUCUAUUUAAUAUUUUUUGUAAAUAAUAUAGAAAAUAAAUGGAUGAAGAGAACUUGAAAAGCUGGGCAGCGCAACCCGAUGUGUGCCGCUGUUGUUUGUCUUCAAGUGGGACGUGGGAUUUGACCGCCUUAUACGUAACUAAUCUCGGAAUAAAGGAAAUAUUUGCAGACAUUCUACAGGAAUGUUAUGGGAUUACUCUCUCCUAUUUAUCAGAAUGGGGUCCAAGCCACCUCAUAUGCAACCUGUGCGUCGGACAUCUUAGAGACGCGAGCGCAUUUCGCAAACGAGUUUUGAAGGCUGAAGAGUGUUUCGUAGAAUACUUCACUAAGAAACAAUCUCAGACAACAGUGAAACUUGAAUUGGGAAACGACUCGGAAUGUUGUAAUGAUCACUUGGAAUUGGAAGAUACAAGUGUAGUGGAAGAAAACCACAGUAUAUUAAAGACUGAAACCGAUCCUCAACAGGAACAAACAAUAAAACCAGAAAAUGAAAACUGUAUUGGAAAGAGUAAGAAAGCAUUAAAAUCGAGGCGAAAGAAAAAGGAAGAUUCGGAUUAUGAUUCAGACGUACCCAUAGCAGAGUUGACGAAGAGAAAACAACAUCCAGAUAAUAUUGAGGAGAAUUUACAAUGCGAGAUAAUCUUAAAGGAUAGCGAAUCAGCGGUUAAAGACAUUAAACACAAAGGACCACAACUCGUGGUGCCGAAAGUUUGCAUCAAGCAGAUAUCCGAAAGAAAACGCGUCAUGUUGACUUGUGAGAUCGUCCUUAGUGACACCACCGCAUGCCCGUUCAGACACCACAAAAGCUGGUUCAAAUGCUUCUUUUGCACAGAAGAGUUCAUGGACAUAAUCUCCUUGAGAUCCCAUCAGGCGGGAACCCACCAAGACAUAGAAGCCGAACUACGUAAAAUGAAACGUUACCCGCGUUCUUUGCAAAUUGAAAUUUCGAAUUUAGAAUGCCGCCAUUGCCAUGUCAGUUUGACAGAUGUGGAUACUAUGCGGCGCCAUUUUGAAUCCGUCCACAAUAAGACUAUUUAUAACGAGUGUAUUGCGGAUUACAAAAUUAAUUGCAGUCCUUAUACUUGUCACUUGUGUAAACAGGAAUUUCACGUGUUCAGAACAUUAACUACUCAUUUGAACGAGCACUAUGCUAACUGCAUUUGCGACGUUUGCGGGCGUUCGUUUAUAAACUCUAAACGUCUUAAAGUACAUAAGAGGACGCAUGAAAAUGGUAAUUUUCCUUGUACAGAAUGUGGCAAGAUACUUAAAACUAAGACUUCACGAUCUAACCACGUGGAAAGUGCUCAUUCUAAGCGAGUUGUCAAGUGCCAAAUAUGUUUCAAGCCUAUGAAACAUUACAACGACAGGAUUAAACAUAUGUCUGAGGUGCACAACAUAACGCAUAUGUUUAAGUGCAACAUAUGUUCUAAAGAGUAUAAUAUUAAGCAUUAUUUGGCGACGCAUAUGCGCCAGACACAUGGGAAUAAGAAUAAGAAGUGUUUGGAAUGCGGGAUGGCGUUUAUUACCAACCACGGAUUGAAAAAGCACAUGUCGAAACAUACGGGAGUGAAACCGCAUAAAUGUGGUGUGUGUGGGAAAGGAUAUGCGAGGAGUUACACUUUGAGAGAGCAUAUGCGAGCCCACGAGGGCGAUAGACGGUUCUUGACCGAGUAAUGUGUUAUGUGGGUAGUUUGAAAAGGGGCCAGUAACUUUAGUUCGAAUGUCCCCUUUUUAAACCCUUUUUGAAACCGUUCGUCGGUAAAGGAUGGGUUCGAUACAAAGUUGACUCGGAAGAAUGAUCGUUUGUUAAAAACAUAAUUCGAAAAAUAUUUCAGUCGAAUAAGCAUUCAUCGAACUACUAGUACUACUACUAGUGGGAUAGCGCAAGGAAGAAGAAGAAGAAGCAUUCAUCGAACUACUGACAUUCGAACUAAAGUUACUGACCCUUUGAAAAGUCGGACCUAAACCUCUGUUUCUCCGUGCGGUAAUAUUUUCGUUAUAUUUAAAGGCUGAAGACGUUAAAUGUUAAUUUUUGAUUUUAACAACAUAACAUAAGCUCAAGAGUAUAUCCCAUUUGGUGUAGUCAGAGGUACAUCUAUCGCAAGAUGAACUAAGUACCCACACCUCUCUUUUUUUAAUGUAUAAUUAAUAAUUAUUGACACUCUACUCUUCCAUUUUCUAUUGCUGUCGCGGUUGUAGGUGACCUAGCGGCGUAGCGUGGGUGUCGGCCGCCCGGGGCGGAAGACAAUUUUGCCGCCCUUUUAUUUAGAUAUUUCAAUUUAAAAUAUGCAAAAUUAAAUGUAUAUUUUUCAAUCUUUCUGAGAGAUUUUCUUAAUAUUUUUUUCCGUAAGAACCUUGUACAGAUUAUUAGUAAACUACAAAAAAAAAACAGCCAGAUCGGUCAAGCCGUUUUAAUGUUAUGUCGUGACAAAGGAAAACGGGUUUCAUUUUUAUAUAUAUUAUAGAUUAUAGAUAGUGAAAUUUUGCCGCCCGGGGCGGGCCGUCCCUGCCGCCCCCACUACGCUACGCCGCUGAGGUGAUACCUUAACUCAGUAAAAUAUAUUUAUUUUUACUUAUAGAACAAUUUGAUUCCAGGAAAGCUGAGCAAAAAAGAAAUUCAAAAAAAUGCAAAGCUGUCUUCUGAAAGCUAUAUAGAUAACGAACAGAUACGUUCAAACAUAUGUCUCGUUUUAAAACAUUCUUCUAUAGUUCCUUUUAAGUAUUCAAAGAACUACAAG